AUGAUUAAAAAAUGUAGACACGGUGGGUUGACUUCAUCCAAUACAAUUCUUUUCAAUGCCAUCAACCACCAUUUCAAAGACUUUUUCAUCUGCACAUUGUUAAUCAAUCUCAUAACUCUUUUUCUCCUCCAUAACCAUCAUCACUGAGUCCUUCUUCUCUUCCAAGAAUCAUGACACAAUCUAUACAAUUUAGCAGUGGACUUCAGCUAGCACCUUUUGUGAUAAGCUCUGGUCUUCUCCGUAGAUCCUGGAAUGUUAUCUCAUCUCAACAUGAAGGCAUUGUUUCAAACGUGGGAGAGGGAUUGUCAUGGAAAGUUUAUAAAGAACCGGAUACAGCUGUGACCAUUAUAGCAUUUGAGGCCACCCCUGAAUAUUCUUCCCAUCUUCAACCUGAUUUGGUUUUAUCUUCUGAGCUCAAGGAGAAGAAGAAUUUCCUUCACUUUAAUUUUCUGUGUAGCAAGGUCAAUCCAGUUUUCUCUUUUAACAGCACUGCAGUUUCACUCUUCUGUGAAAAUUAUCAGAAGCUUGAUCAGUUGAAAUCUGAGAUUAAUAUUUCCAAUGCAUCCACUACCAAGUUAAUUAUUACUGGACAUGCUCUUGGAGGAUCAGUUGCUUCCCUUUUCACUGUAUCACUAUUAAACAGCAUUGGUUCAGGAAAUAAUCGCCCGCUCUGCAUCACCUUUGGUUCACCCCUUGUUGGUGACAAGACAUUGCAACAAGCCAUAUCACGUAGUUCUAAUUGGAAAUCUUGCUUUCUACAUGUUGUGUCACACAAAGACCCUCUUCCAAGGCUCUUCGUUACAGAUUCAACUAGUGCCUACAUGCCUUUCGGGACAUUUCUCUUGUGUUCUGAUGCAAGUUCUACUUGUUUUGAGAACCCUGACUCUACUAUGGAGCUUCUCAUGGCAUUUAGCUCAAUCCAUGCUCAAAAUGAAGGAUUUCAAUCUGCUGAAUAUGGAAACAUAGUGAAAAAUCUCAACCUUAAAGCACUUCACAAGGAUUUUAUUACAAAGUCUGAAGACUUGACUUAUCCAGCAGAUUCACUAGCAAGUUGUAUCAGUUUGCAGUUACGGGCACUAGGAUUGACACAUCAUAUGCAGCAGCAACUACAGAACAUUGAUAUCAAUAGUCUGGAAACAAAUAUGAAGAAACAAGAAGAAGGAUUUAUUAAGCAGAGGAGGAUAGUAUUUGAUCCAUCCAAGAAAUUGAAUCAGAUAAAGGAAAAUAUGGCCCAGCUUGAAUGGUACAAGAAAGAAACUAAAAAUAAGGGAAUAGGGUACUAUGACAGCUACAAGAACAUGAACUCACCAUGGGACAAUGAUGUUGUCCAGUUCCAUAAAAAGCUAAAAAAUUACUGGGAAAAGAUGGUUGGAGAAGUAGAGGUAAAGCCUCAAACAGAAGGUGCGGCUUUUCGUAAACGCUGGCUCUUUGGUGGCACUACUUACAGGAGAAUGGUUGAACCCUUAGCUAUUGCCCAAUACUAUAAAGAUGGGGGUGAAGACUAUGUGACCAAGGAAAGGUCUAAACACUUCAAACAGUUAGAGGAGUGGUUGAAGGAAUCGAACGGCAAAGAUUUGGAGAGCACAAGUAAGAAGAAUGUGGAAGCUAUAUUAACCAUAGAUUCAUGCUUUUGGGCACAUGUUGAAGAGGCUCUCCGUUCUUGCAAAGAGUUGAAGGCUGCCAAAGAGAAAGAAGAGGAAUUGAAGAAAUUGGUUGAAUUUGAGGAGUAUGUUUAUAAGUUGCUCAAGAAUUAUGCAGUAUCCCCUGAGAUUUUCUUGGAGAAAAGUAGCUUUAUGUUUUGGUGGAUGGAGUAUAAAGGAAUUAAGGGAACAUCAUAUAGUUCACCACUCGUCAGCUUCAUGAACAUUGCUGCAAACCGUGAUCAGUAUACUUUGGGAGCCUAUGAUUUCCCCUGAAGCACAAUAACUAUAUAGUAAUGUCUGUCUUGAGAAGGGGAGUGGAUCAAGACUCUCUCAUGUUACAUGAUGUUAUCAUGUGAAAAUUUGUGUAUAUCUUCAACAUGAGAGGAUCCUGAUCUGUGUCAGAAGUUAAUUAGGAUUUCAUUGUGAAGCUAAUAACUCUUGUAUUUGGAAGUCUUGUUAUUAAAUUUUUCUAUUCUAAGUGGUUCUUUGGUGA